GCUUUUCUGACAGCGUCGUCUAUGUCUGCGGUCGUUUCAUCAGGUGGCUUCGUGUCCGAAGGCGGCCCUUAUUACAUGAUAUCACGUGCGAUGGGGCCUGCAAUUGGUGUGACUGUAGGACUGCUGUACUGGCUAGGCAUAAGUCUGCUAGCAGUGUUAGAGACGUUGGGUGCGGUGGAAGCAUUGGUGAUCGCGCGACCGAGCCUAAAGGAAAUGCCGGGACACAUGCAGCUGUUUGGAUCGAUUAUACUUACGACCUUGUCAUUCUUGAUCAGUAGUACUUGUUAAAGCACAGAAAACAUUUAGAACUAGAUGAUUAAAGCAGAUACUAGGAACAGUUGUACCAGUUGCAGGCAAUAAGAGCACUGCACCUCAGCACUGCGGUCUUCUUAGUGGAACAAGGUUUGAAUUUUGGUUUCCCUUCCCCCAUAAUCUUCAAUUCCUGUUCUUCCCUGUCCUUCCCGCUUUAAUCGCCUCUUCGGCAUGGUAAUGAUGGUUUACAUGGGCAUCAAAUUCGUUACCAAAAUGGGCGUCGUGUUUGUCUUUGUCGUCUUCUCGACGCUUGCGAUGUUCUACGUUGGCUUUUUCACGGUGGACACUAGCAAGGACUUCGCGGGUCCUCCUGGCGAAGUAACCGGUCUUUCCGGCUCGACUUUAGAAGGAAAUUUCCCGCCUCAUUACGACGAUGGCAUUGAGUUCGGAGUGGUGAUGAGCUGGUUUUUCCCGUGUUUUACGGGGAUUUUGUCAGGUGCAAAUCGUGCUGACAUCCUGAGGAAUCCACCAAGAGACUUGAAGGUUGGGACUUUGGGUGCGAUCAUUUUCUCGCUCUUCAUGUACAGCUCGUUCAUGAUCCUGUGGGGUUCGGUGGCGAGAUACAGCUACCUUCGCGGUGACUGGGAGAAUUAUGCGGGGGAUGGGAGACUGCUAGGAGAAGUAGGGGAACAAGCGGGAGCUGUACCUGAGACACUUACAGGGACGAGUAGUGCCGAUGAGCAUCUUCGAAGUCUCUCAUCGCAUGCGAUUCAGCAUCCGACCUCUACUGGUUCUAGUGCUUCUUCCUCUGUAGCUGCUAUUCUCUCUGGAGGACGCGCUGACCCCUCCUCGUCCAACGUACUAAUGCCAGGCGUCCUAGUCGGAAAUAGUGCCGCGAGCAGUAGCAGCAGCAUCUUUGGUGGAGUCAGGAGGAGCAUGUUGAUGGAGGAACAUGACGAUGACAUAUUCGACAGUGGUGCUCCAGGCUUGCUAUCCCUUGCGACAGAACAGGUGCUUUCGAGCUUCACGCGUGAAACAGUUACGGCUGCAGCGUCUGGAUUGGCAGGGCUUUUUGCGUUUCCGAUGGAGCGUAGCGGAACUCGAGAAACGUCGGGACGGACAGAAGAUGAGAUAUCAAGACUACGUGCGAGGAGGCUUGCAAAACAACAAGGUAGAAGACGACCAGAUCAUGGCCAAAAUGAACAAAACAAUUCAUCCUUCGUCACCGACGAAGAGGACACUUCUCUAUUUAACGAAGCUGCAGUCCGACGACGACUCGCAGGUGGUAAGGGUGCUUACGUGUUUGAGGAAAUCGCUUGGUCACCGUUUCCCUACGCCGUUCAUAUUGGCAUCAUUUUUUCCUCGAUAUCCCAGGCUCUGCAAUGUCUCAUAGUUGCACCGCGUCUAUUGCAGGCGAUUGCUAGGGACAACGUUUUGCCGUGGCUGAACGUCGUGGCGCCGUUGUUAUGGAUCAAGAUGAGAGCUUGAGCUGUAGUUAAACUUACUUAAAUGUGACUUUAAAUUUCUCUACAACUAAGUAGAAGAAGGAGUUGGAGAUGUUGGAGUUCAGAAGUUAAAACUAAGAGUAGAAGAACCACAAGAACCAGUGUACUGCUGGAGUGGCCACUGGUCUACACAAAAAUGAUCUUCAUCAGUUGUACAACACACUACAGAUGAUACAACAGACGUAGUUGUAAAUAGUUACAGCAAGAGCAGAAAAUCCUCACGGCAGCAAGAGCGGAUCCCUUCGUCUCUAACGUGUUCCCGUCACGGUGAGCCCAUCCGCGCUCUCGGCUACACUUACAUCGUUUGCGCAUUAUUGGUGCUGAUCGGGAGUCUCGACGUCGUCGCUCCCCUCCUGACCAUGUGCUUCCUCGCGUGUUAUAUUAACAUGAAUCUCUCCGUGCUCAUUCUCACCUGUCUGAAGGCGCCAAGUUGGAGGCCUAGUGGCAUCCAACGCAAAAGGUGGCGACUGUGGUACAAAUUUGUGGGAUUAUCUGGCGUAGUGCUUGGCCUGUUCAUCAUGUUCAGGAUGCAGUGGGUGUGGGCGUUGAUCACGUGCCUGCUGGCAGCAACGUUGUAUGUUUACGUGGAUUUCCGCGCAGAAACCAGUGAGUGGGGCAGUGGACUGGAUGGCAUCAAAUUCCAUCUGGCGCUCAAUGCUUUGCUGUCAUUGGAACAAACGCAAAGACACAAAGUGAAUUGGAGGCCGCAGGUAUUCGAGUACAUGAUCGAUCUUGUUCUUCUGGCCUUCGAUCACUAUAAAUCAUAAUUACCUCACUUCUCAUGACAUUGAAAUUUGAAAAUUUCCUUGAGAACAACUUCAUUUUCUUCACUCAACUUACUUCUCUUGUUCACCUCGCGCGUCCGCAGGUCCUCAUUCUCUACCGUGUCCACAUGGCGGACAUCAUGCGGAAAAACCGUGAUCGAACACGACAUCACGAGAUUCUCCAGUUCUAUUCGCAGUUGCGCAAGGGUAGAGGCAUGUGUGUGGUUGCUGCGGUGCUUGAGGGCGACAAGAGUAACGAGAAGAUGCUCAAGAAGGCUAGGAUCGAAAAAGAAAUCAUCAUGAGCAUCAUGAAGCAGAACGAGAUCCAAGGAUUUGCGCAAGUUGUGGUGGCACCAAACUGGUGCGAAGGCGCGAACUACAUACUGCAGUUGACGGGGUUGGGAGGACUAGUGCCGAAUACGGUAUCAUCGUAUUUACCUUGUGAUAGAAGAUGAUUUGGGUCCUCAGUUGCGUCUUAGAAUUAGACUUCAAUGUAAACGUUAUCCCGUGUCUCGUAGACCUGAAAGAUGAGGAAUCAAAUCUUUCAUCAAUUCACAGACCUCCAAAAAAGGUUCUCAUGGCUUGGCCUUCGAACUGGGCUAAUCAACCUCUAGCGGUGAAGCGGGAGAAAGCUCUCGCGUUUUGUGAUAUCGUUGCUGCCGCUCACGCAGAGGAUAAGACGAUUCUCGUUGCUCGGGAUCCGAAAGACUUUCCAGACAAACCGUGUCUUACGAAGAUCUUGAUGUGUCUUUAUCUCAUCAGUAGAAGUUGCACUAGUAGUAUCCGCAGCACUUUAUCUUCACCAUCAUGUUGACAGACACGCGGCCCUCGUCCUCCUCCUCACUCCUCCGCAACACUUUAUUUUUACCAUCAUGACAGACACACCCUUCCAUCAUGUUGACAGACACGCGGCCCUCGUCCUCCUCCUCACUCCUUCGCAACACUUUAUUUUUGCCAUCAUGACAGACACACCCUUCCAUCAUGUUGACAGACACGCGGCCCUCGUCCUCCUCCUCACUCCUCCGCAACACUUUAUUUUUACCAUCAUGACAGACACACCCUUCCAUCAUGUUGACAGACACGCGGUCCUCGUCCUCCUCCUCACUCCUUCUCUAACUUCCACGGCACCAUCGAUGUGUGGUGGAUGAUCCAUGACGGAGGACUUUUGAUCCUCGUGUCUUGGCUCCUCCAGCAGCACAAGAUCUGGCGUGGUUGCAAGAUGCGCGUCUUCACCGUGAUGGAAGACAUUACGGAACAAGAAGCCGCUACAGCUGCGCGAGUCUUGACGCAGACGUUGCAGAAGAAGAGACUGCUGAAUGUCGAUGUGGAUUAAGGCUCAACUUUCAUUGGGGUUGGUCUCUGACUCUGACAUCAAAGAGGAGACCCCCUGAGAGAACCAACAGGGGAAAACAAAGGGAAUACAAGGGGAGAGGCAUGGGGCAUUUUUCUUUCAGAGUCAGUGACCACUGAAGAGUGUCGACCUUUAAGUAGAGGUGAUUAUGGCAGAGCACACGUUUGUGGAACCGUUUGUCCAGCAUGCGCACAAUUACGAUAGCGAUGAGGAGGAACUGACGAGGGAGCUGAUUGCUCCCGUUGGUUCUCCACCAGUGGACCUGCAUGACGUCCAAUUGCAAAACGGAGCACGCCCAGCAGGAGGAACUCCAGGUGGAGUAUUACCUUACAUUUCAAGCGUGGAGAACCUGCAGCGACAGAUUCUAGUUGGAGGUGGAGGAUCGAAUGCGAAUUAUAUUCCUGCUGGAGGAGCCGGUGAUCAUCUAGGUGCAGGAAGUCAGGGUGGAAAUAAUCAGUAUCUUCUGUCUCAAAUGCAGCAAGAACAACCGCGAUCGAAUUCGAGAGUCAUAGCAGGUUCAUCUAGCGCGUACAUGAACCCAGGGGAGCAGACCACCACUUGGGAGCAACAGCAAUUUAUGAGACGAGCAAAUAUUUCCCAUGAGCUUGAGCAGAAUGAUUUUUCCGUAGUUUCUCGAUUACAGACCCAGGACCUCUUUUCAACCUCUUCUAAGCAUCUUCAUGCAGGCACAGGCCCGUCUGGGACGAUGGACAAUAUGGGAUACGACCAAUAUCUCAAUGACGGCAACUUACGACGCAUACCUGCGUCCUCACGUGGCUCCUCAGCCCUUGACCUCGACGCGAUAGGGGAUCUAGGUCCUGUGCCGAUUCCGACUAUAAUAGAAGACAGUGCCAGCUCGAGUGCGGGGGCUACAGUUAUGACUAGGAGAACUGAGAAGUCGCUUUAGAAAGAAAAAAAGUCAGCUGGUGCAAUUGAUAGUACUAUUAGUUUACUUACAGGUGCAUGGUGCAAGUAGCAUGGACGAGUGCAUGGAGCGCAGAUCCAUAAGGGACGCAAGAAGCGCCCCCUUUAGCUCCAUGCAACUCCAUACGAUCCAUGCACUCCAUGCCAUGCGCGCCGCCGCGCCAUAUAUAUUAUUCUGUACUAAAAACGAGACGUUGAAAUCAAAUUGAUGCGUCUAACCCCCCAGAUUUCCGCAGCGCCAUCCCGUUUGGUCAUCAUGUGCAGCAGAUGGACAGUAAGGGGAAUUGGUAUGCUCCAGACACGGUAUCGGAUACGAGUUCUACCCAUCGUCGGCUCUUUGGAGGCCCGCUAGUUGUCCAAGCACAAGCUUCCUCAACCCUAGAAAAAGCUGGAGGAGGCAGCGUGGUGGUGCCUCCCCUUUCUGCGCAACCUCCUUUGGCCAAGGGUAGGAGUUCAAAUGCAAAGCCAAAACAUGUAGGACUGCCGCAAACAAUUGAGGACCUCCUGCCUCAGAAGAUGUUGCAGGAAAGAAAGAGCAAACUAGGAGAAAGAUCAGGGAAUGACCUUCAACAAUUACAACAAGCUGUCGCUGGUGUCGUUAGUAGUGGAGGACCAGGAGAAAGUGCUGCUCUUCAUACGCUAAUUGGAGCAGGAGGAGGUGGAGAGUUGACGACUGGAGUGAGUGGAGCAAGUCUGGCAAUUCAGCAUGCUGCUGCUCCUCCUCUAGGAUUGCCGAUUAGCACGGUAUUUCUUGAAACCAUUGCUUCGCGUCGAAAUAGAAGGAGGACUCAGUCUACUUUAAUAUUACAUCUUCACAUGUAAUAUCACUCCACGUUCAUUAUUGCGCUCUUCUACCUGUACCUCUCCCUCUCUGAAACUCAAUAUUGCAGCUUUCCGAGCCCAACAUCCAAGUGCGUGCGCCCGGCGACCGCAAGAAAUCGUUUUCUGUGGUGACGGUUACGAGAGACGGCGAUGGCUGUGAGCACAUCGAAGCUAUGACGCCAGGUGGCCACGCCAUAUCGCCGACGCAUUUUGACAAUGACGAAGAACAAAUUGUCAUGCGGGAGAUAGAGGUGGAACAGCCUUCUCGACACACUGGAGGUGGGGUGACGAAAAGUAGGACGAAAGGGUAUUGUUCACAUUCGCUGCUAAGGACUUUUAAUCAUAUAUUUAUAAUUUUUUUGCAAAAAAAAACAAAAGACUAAGAUGAUAUUGAAAACAUUUUUUACACUUUUCAAAAGCCUGCUCUUUCCCACCAUCACUAGAAUUUCUUGAUAGAGCAGUACAUUCUCAACCCAAGGUCCACUGCCAGCAACGAAGCCCGAACGUGUACUACCAAAGUCAUCCGUAUCGACAAAGUCGCAUCGCAGCAUUAUUCAGAUGGAGCUCAUAUGUCAGCAUUUACUAACUCGAAUAGCGAUAGCGGACGUGAGCACAACUAUAUUGAAGACCCACCUCCCGCACAGGAUCAUGAUGGAUCGAGGAUUUCCUUGCCAGCAGCGGUCAGCAGUGGAGCGAGUAGUUUAUACUCGAUGGCUUAAGUCAGAUUCUAAUCGUGAUUUUUGUGCUAGUCGCGAACAUGUGAUUAGCAUUAGGCGUUGUAGUAUGAUGUUUGUUCUACUUACUUCUACGACCUUGUUGUCAAUCAUUUUAACUUCAUCUCUCAAAACAUCAACAGCUUUGCUGGGAACCCGAGCCUUUGGAGGUCGCAGCGGCAGUCGUGAUCUUCAACGCGAGGUGGCCAUGCUUGAACAGUACAUCGAGGGAAGCGUUCAUCAAUUAAGGCUCCUGAGACAUGCGCAGACGUUAUCAUAUCGAUUUGAACUUUCCUCUUUCGAGAUUCAUCUACUUGUCCCUACGCCUACGUCAUCGAACCAUUUAGAAUUUCAUCGUGUCCUCGGUAUCCCACUCGUCACACUUUUUCGUCGCACCCUCGAUCAGUGAAUACCUCUAACCGCUCUACCGCAGCAGCGUGGCAGCAACGUCCUAAACACAAACGCGUCUCGGUCAAGGCGUGGCUCGAAGUCAAACUAUGGCGUCGGUCCUCGGUCUGUCAGCGACGCGGAUAUUGGUGGAGAGCGUGAGCGACUAGGCGGUGGCAUGGGUAUGAUGGGCAUGAUUCAUCGCGGAGGCAAAGCCCAAAGCAACAAUCCGGUGGCUCUAGCUCUGUCAGAAAAUUUCUACAGCAGUAGUAGUACAGCAAGUAUUAACGACGUGCUGAGCAACUCCUUGGAUCGCAUUGUUGGUAGCCAGGACUUGCAGGACUCUGGCGCAGCUGCAGCUGCAGGAGAACACGGAGCGGCUGUACCAGGUUCAGGUGCAGAAUCUGCCCUAGAAUCACUACAAAUGACCAUGGGCAGUCCCACCAGUGCUGGAGCAGAGCCCUAUGCCAUGAGCGGAGCAACGGGUAGCGGACCUGGCGCAGCUGCAUUGAUAGCGUCUUCCGGCACUAGUCCCACCAACAAUGGGAUGGAUGGCAACAGGAUCAAUUCAUCGUCGUCGGUGAUGGGGAAUACUCCGAAGCGCGUAUCCACCAACUCCGCGAGUCGGCAGGGCUCGAAAAGCAUGGUGAGGGGCACGGAGUCGUUGCCGGAAAUACCGGAACAACACAGUCUGUUGGCGUUCAGACGCUUGAAUAGUAUCAUCCAAGCUCGUAGUCGCCGUGCGGAAUUGGUGAUCAUGAACCUGCCAGACCUCUGGGAUCACACAGAUCCAAACGAGUGCGUGAAGUACUUGAGAUGUGCGGAAGCGUUGGUGGAUCGCUUGGAAAGGGUGCUUUUCGUUCACGGUUCAGGACACGAGGUGUUUGAUAUUGGAUCGUGAGGAGGCAGAUGGACAUCAGCCGGGAUUAGGUUUAUUCCACAUUAGCAAAAAGUGUUGCCAUCCUGAUGCUCAUGUUCUUUUACUAGAAGAUGAAUACAGUUUUAUUUUCUUAAAGUAGUUGGUGUAGCUGUACUGUCCAAGUGAAAAUUGUCGUUUCGCACACUCUUGCUCAGUUCAACUAGUUAGUUUGAGAUUUUUCCAUCGACAUCGUUCUCAGUAUGUAAUAAUUAGACUUGCUGUUUACGUAUAGUUUUUUAUUUUUCUUUUUUCCACCGUCCGCCGCGUAGAAGUUGAGUAAAAACGUUGCGAAGUCUCAGCUAAUUGUAGCUGAAUUGAAAAUCACAGCCAAAAUUAGUUGUAAGUGACGAUAAUUCCGAGCCUCGUCAAAAACGUGCUUGGUAAAAACGGUGUUGCCGUAACCGCAUCAAUUUAGAGUUAGCUCGACAAUGAAUAGGUAUACUGGAGGUAGGGGUAGGCUGCUCGAUAGUCAUUCUUCGUUCAGUUUGAGUAAGUGGUUGAUGAUUUCUUUCUGUUAUCUUUAUCAAUAAUGAGGUGUCGUGCUGUCGAACUGACAAAUCCUUCCUCGUUUGUUACCCAUCUGAUUUUUGGGUAGUUUGUUCCUUGUACUGCGUUCUUUUUGUGCUGAUAUUUUUUCAUUUACUUGAACACACAUUACAGUAGUACCAGGAAGGUGGCACUGUUUGCAUAGGCGGCCACCAGGGUAGCACUAUUAUUCAGACAGAGAUUCUUAUCUUGUCUGAAGACUGAAGACUAGAGUCCUCAAGGGGAAGAGUCCUUAUUUCUUGUACAGAAGAGUCCGCUCAUGAUCAAGUACUAUAAUUCAAAGAUACGUCCUUCUCCUUGUUGUGUACAAAAGUGGACAGAAGUUGAUUCGUCUCUCGUCGAUAAGGAAAGUAGAUUCUCGUCUAGUCGUAGAAAAGUAUAUCUACGUAGCACUAAACUUCUAACACUAGUGUAGUAUGUUGAUGAGUGAGACCGUGAGCAAACCUUUCAAUGAACCUCCUGCUUUUUCGCCAAGAAAAACCAAGAUAGAUUUCCAUCCCGCGGCGCUUGGCGUGAUUGCGUUGCAGCGGGCUCCUCCAUCGUAAUGAAAAUCCAAAAGAUUUUAUGAUCACAACCGUCUGCC